GUUACGGAAAUGUGGACCUCAAGAAGGCAGAGUCGAUUUUGGAGACAUUCGAGCAGGCUGAUUCCGCCGUCUCAUGCAGUCGCGAUGGGGAAAUAUUCUCAAGGAAGGGACACGAGGCUAUCUGGCAAGACAUGGACCAACCGCUCACGCACUAUUACUGCAAUUCGAGUCACAACACUUACCUCUCCGGUUUGCAACUGAAGGGUGAAGCUACGGUCGAGGGAUACAUCUACGCUUUGAGGAAAGGAGCGCGACUGCUCGAGCGUU